AUGCGGAUCUACAAACGGAAGGGGCAGCUUUCUCACCGGGGGCAAAACUGUGCGUCAUCAAGAGAACUGCAGUUAAAUGAAGCGCAUCUGCCUCGGGCCCGCUGUCCUCUCUCCCCUCGGCCUGCUCCGCGGCAGCCAAAACAAAGGCGGAAAGCUCCGCGCCAGGCAGCGAAGCUGCGGAACCUGCGCGCCCGAGAUUCUCGGGGCGAGGUCUUGCUCCUCAGCCAGCCCUUCCAAAGAUUAAGGAAGGGAAAACGCUUCGCAAAUCACCACCUCCCCGUCAACCUCGGUAUCCCUCUAAACUGGAAGUUGGAAAAAACAGCCCUGGACCAGGAGCGUUUCCUCUUGUAUGUCUGGGGGAGCGUGUCCUUGGUUAAAACUGCCCCCCGCUCCGUCCCCACGCCCAAUCCGAGAUCUGCGGGGCCCGGCAGCGCCGACCCGCCCCCCCCCCGGGCCCCCCCAGCCCCGCACGCCGCUCCCGUCGCCAAAGCCCGUUCUCUGUCGCCACCUGCCGAGUGGGACGGGGCCGGGCGCGGACCCCCCCGCCCCCCGGACAGCGGGGAGCAAGCAAAUUCCGGGGCCCGAGGGCAGAGAAGUAGCAGCCCAGCCCCACCGAGCUGGUGCUGGCCGGGAGCCGUCGAGUGCCCGCCCGGCCCUCGGGGUUUCCCGCAACCGGUCACAGGCCGAGAGCGGCCACACCCGGGGGACCCGGGGCCGGGGAAGGGCACAGGGCUGAUGGGGCUUCUCCUCUCAGCUGAUCAACAGCUUGUUUAUCUGACAUGCUUAACUAAGGCGCAAACGCUGCAGGCAGGGACUGCCCAGAACCGCAAGAGAAUUAAGAGAGCGAGAUGGUCAGCUCCUUGA